UUAAACGAUUUUAAACAACCGAAACUAAUCGACUGUCAACAUUCCUUCUGUUUGAUAUGCCUAGAAGAUUAUAUCAACAGGGUCUCGACAUGCAAUCGGUUUCCAUGUCCAUUGUGCCGUGCAGAUGUGACGGUACCUGAAGGUGGUAUAGGUGAAUUCCCUGCUACUUCAGAAAUAGGAGAGAUGUCAAUUUGUAUAAAUGAAAUUCCACCAUGUGAUGUAUGUAAAACUGGUGUUAAUUCAAAGGUUAGGUGUCAGGACUGUCAACAACAUUUGUGUAGUUCUUGUAAAGAAACACAUGAUUCUUUUAAAGGAUGUCGAGAUCAUGUAGUCGUAAAUAUGGAUGAUGUUACUGUGAAUCCAAUCUCAGAUACACAUUUUAAGGACAUUUGUUCAAAUCACCGAGGGAUAGAAGCCAGAUGUUAUUGUAAAGAUUGUGCAAUAGCUGUUUGCCCUGAUUGUUUUGUGACUAGCCAUAUUUCCCACAAAUUCAUUGACUUGCAGGAUAGGGACAAUGUAGAUAAAUUUAGAGAAGAAUUGAGAACUUUAAAAGACGUUUUAGGGGAUCGAAUAAGUGAAUUUGAAAAAUAUUGCGAAUCUAUAGAAAAGGUUAUAGAAGAUAUUAAUAACUCAGCUAAAACAUCUUGCAAAACUGUCGAUAAACAAGUUAAACAAAUAUAUUGCGAAAUUAAAGAACUUGGUGAAGAGGUCAAAGGUCAGAUUGAGAAAUCCCGUGCUGAAGAAACCGGAAAGCUGCUGCAGAUUCUUGGAGAAAUGAAAACAUCAAUUGAUGAUUUAAACACCAGUGUAAAAUCUUCAGCAGAUGUUUUAAACGAUAAAUCUAUUGUUCAGGUAAUCAACAGAAUUCCGCGAGUUCAAGAUGAAAAAGAAAAAAGCUGUUUGAGAAAUUUGGAUAUGCCCGAUAUAAGAUACACGUGUUUUGAGAAAGGGGUGAUUGAUAAAACCAUUAUAUUAAAACAACUAGGAACUGUAGAGAUUCAAGAGGAAUCGAGAUUUACGGGUAGUUUUAACUUGGCUGAAUUGGAACUCCAGAAAGGGAAAUAUGUUUCUGGUACUGAUUACCAUAUAAGCGGACAGACAUGGUAUUUAGGUGUAAAAAAAGUAAGCAAGGACAAUAAUUCAACUUUAGGACUUUAUUUGUACUGGAGAAAGACACACAACACCAACUGUACUGCACAAUAUAAGCUCACAUUGCUGAAUACAACUCAUGCUAAGACAGUAAUGUUUAAUGAAAACCAUACUUACACACCAACAGGAUUUGCAGGUUGGGGUGGUCAUCGUUUAUAGACUGGCACAUGCUUAAAGAUGGACAAAAUGGUUUUUUGGACCAGAAUAACAAUUUCAGAAUAAAAGCAUCUGUUAAAGUUACCAAGGUAGAAUUCACACAAUGAUGACUAGAUGUUAUUGUAUUUACCACACUACCGACGACCACGCCCAAAUGUUACAUAUGUGACUGAAUACCAUAUACAAUAUUAAAAUAGAGAUCUUUGAAAUGGUUGAUUCGUGACCUCGGGUUAUAGAUUUUACAUUUGUGAUAGAACUGGUUAAACAGAUUCCAAAUAUGAUAUUGAAAUAAACCUUUGAUAUGGUUGAUCCGUAACAUCGAUCCAUGGAUGCCUGAAAUUGUAAGCAUUGUCAACUAUGUCAACUCCUUAAAUGCAGAAUGGUAAUUUCCAUUUUAAAAAGGUAAAGCAUACCCUACUUCAUACAAGAAGACACCGGUCACUUCUUUAAAUAAGUUGUGGAAUUCAGACUCGUGGUAUUAUAGUUACGUGGAAUGCAAACAGUUCACUCAUAUACCGUACGCACUGAUAACGUUUAAUGAAUGAGUCUACUAGACAUAUAAUACGCAAGAAUCAGGAAGGGUACCUUUCGCCCUGGGAAGGCUACCCCAUUUGCAGUAAUGUUUGUGUAGAAGGCACAUUAUAUCCAGUCGUGUUUGCAAGUUCCAUCGAUUACUUUUUAUCUGUUAAUAUUUCCCGGGUUCGAUCAUAGUUAGAUAUUCCAACUUAGAUUCCCAUUGUCAGUAUCGCCUGGCAAGGAAACAGUUGUAGUCGUCCCGUGUACAAAUUGGUACUGCACCUGAAAGAUCCCUUGCCAUUUGGAAUUCGAAAUAUGAGUAGGUCGUAGCGAUGCAGCCCAGGCAUAAUUUCCCUCGUAGUAGGCACGUCGGCAUUAGCCCGACUGGGGCAUAAAAGCUAGACGUGUUGAACCCCAUUGCAUUUAAUAUUAUUUGGUAAUGAUUUAUGUAUUAUUUGGUAUGAUGUAAUUGGAUUAAUGAAGACGGGAUUGUAUAUUGACUAAUAGAUUUGUUAUGAAUGUAUAUACUUACUAUAAAGUUAUUAGAAACCUGACCAGUCAUUCUUGUAUUUAUGUAUGGGUAAAUAUUUUAUUGGUCAAUAUUAAAGAUGCUUUAUAUGAGAGCUAAAUCUGUCUAUUGCAGGUUUUUCUUUUGGCUACAUUGGUUUUAUGAAUUAUUAAUAAUUAACAUGGCAGGCCUCUAAUCAGCUCUCCAUAGCAUCAGAUGGCUGAGAUUUAAAUGGAUGUACACAUCUGACAGAUUUCAAAAUUUAACGAUAAAAUGGACAAUCGAGGCUUGUCAAGUACCGUUGCUAAGAUAAUGAACGAUCUGCGCUAUAUAUCUUCAUAAUGCAUCUUUAAGUAAUUUCUAAAUAGUUAACAAUUAUUUUCAUUAUUACUUUAUUUUAAUUAUGUAUAUCCUUAUUCAGUAUGAUUAAUGUAUUUCAUAUGAUGUUUACACAUGUGAUCAGUUGUAUUUAGUUUCAACCCCCGAACGA